AGAACUUUUGUCCUUUAAGACCAUACGACGCCGUCUCUUCCCUCUCUUCCUCUCCCUCCUCCCCAUUCCAUUCUUAUAAAAACAAAGAAAGAAAAAAUCACCUCUUUAAAGCUUCGAUCACGAGAGAGAGAGAGAGAGAGAGAGAGAGAGAGAGCUUGGAUUAUUCGAGAGUGAGAGAAUGUCGAAGAAGAAAACGGCGUCGACUAUGUCGUUGAAGGACUUUCACGGUGGUUCUAUUCCUUCUGAUCUUCCUUUACCUUCUGCUCCUGGCCUUAUGAUGAAGGACCGAAAUGCGUCGACGAAUUGGGGAAACAACUCGAUGCGACCGGAUCUCCGUCCACGGCCCAAGUCAUCAGGAGCAGCUCGUGGUUUUGAUGAGAAAGCUUCGUUUUUAUCUCACCCUGCACCUAUAGGUAGAAACUUUGAUGAGGACGAGCGUAAGCCAUUAGAUGCUUUAUCUGCUCCUCGUCGUACUAUUAGUGAUGAAAAUGUUCGCGCCGUUCAUCAGCCGGAGUAUGUUUCGUCUAUUAGGGUGCCUGAUAGACCGGUGUCAAGUCCGGUACCACAGUCCCCGAGUGCUUUGUCUCCAUUGAGGUCCGGAAGAGGUUCAAUUGUGGUUAGCUCGCAGAAUGCGGGUGGUUGGGGGGUGGGUAGUAAUCCGCCGAAUGCUUGGGGGGCGAGGAGAGAUGUGGUGAGUGUUAAUGAGGUGAGGGGCUCGGCUGUGUUGUCAGCGUCGAAUACUGUGACAAAGUUUGCUCAAGCAAGUGCACUGGAAAAGGUAUCUUCAGGAUUAUGGCAAUCAAAGAAUCCUGGUGAUCUUUUACCGCAUCUGAUUUGUUCACAGGAGAGCGGUGCGAGUCAUAGUGUGGAUGUGGGUGGGGAAAGGGGUGAUUAUGAUACUGCAAGGGGAAGUCAAGCUGAAAGUGGUUGGGUCACUGGAGAUAGAAAGGGUGGGGGAAGGACAUUGUCGAAUUAUAGAAGGGAUCAAUCUCGAAUGCACUCCGAAGAGGUUCCUGCUGGAGGUGCUGUUGGGUCUCAAACUCGAUCAGUAAUGCCCCCAGAAGCAUCAGAUCGACCUAAGUUGAAUCUUCUUGCAAGAACUAAACCAUUGGAGAGACCAGAAAAUGACUAUAGACAGGGGCACCAGCAGCCUAUAGUAUCUGGGAAGAUUGAAGUUGCCCAUGAGUUGUAUGGAAAUGAAAAUCCUUCAAAACCAGGGUUGGUUGAUGCUAGUCAGCUAGCUGAGAGACCAAUUGAGCGUCCCAAAUUGAAUUUGAAGCCUCGCACACAGCCUCUUGAACAAUCUGAUGGAAUUCUUGAAAGAGAAAGGAGUACAUUGUUUGGCAGUGCUCGUCCACGGGAAUUGGUUCUCAAGGAACGAGGUGUGGAUGACAUAGCAAUCAAUAACCUUGACCUGAAUCAUUCGCUCAACAGGAUGAUUUCUCCCAAGAAUGAGACGACAUCAGAACAUGUGGCUCCAACUGCUCGUCAGAGUCAGAAAAAUGACAACCGAGGGGCUAUCGACAGAAGAAAUGGGAGGGAUUCUGAGCGGAAAGAUCAACGGAUGGACCAUGAGAAAACCGAUCUGGAAAGGAAAAACUGGAGGAAUGAUAAAUGGAAAAGCAGGAAGGAUGCCAAAGAACAGCGACCUGAACCUGAAACUUGGCGCAAACCUAUUGAAGAACCAAAACCUGCUUCAUCUGACGCUGUAGGAAACCGCCCUGGUAAAAUUGUAUCUGCUUUGGAGCUAGCUCAAGCAUUCUCAAAGUCAGCCUCCAAUCCAAAGAUUCAGAAUAUACCUUCUUCUCAAAGAGGCAUGCCUGGCCGCAAUGAUCAGCCCUUCUCACGAUUGACAGACACCCGUGAGCAUUACCCAGCACCAACCACAACACCAAUCACACGACAUCGAAUAAAUGGUUACUGAAAGACAAAUUCGACGCCAAACACACGUCAUCGAAUUAAUUGUUACUGAAAGACAAAUUAGAUUUUGUUCAUUGGGGUGAUUUUAAUAUUCGGGGAACUGAAUCAAUCACCUGGUUGCGGUGCCCUUUUUUUGUAAUUUGGAGGGCGUUCAAGUGAGACCAUGACCAAAUAACAGAAGCAGAACGCCCCUGUUAAAUUAUCAAUUGCAACCCUUUUUAAAUCUCUUUAA